CAUGGAAACGAGGUUUGCUGUCAAAGCGUUCUUAGGAACGAGUUUUUGUUCAGGACAAAUGUCUUUACGACUGAAAACCUUUCCCUAAAACCACUCAAAUCGCGUAAAGGACUGCUCCAUUACCAAAACACUAUGUAGGGAUAUAACGACUUGCCCUUGGGCUAAUAAUAAUGGAAGAAUCGACACGGAAACCCAGAAAACCUGGACGUGGAAGUGAGCGGCCAUUUUACGUUGCUUCGGGCACAACAAGUGCGGACAUUAUCGCCGAGGCUCGCUCAGCAGUUCGUUCACUGAAAACAAACCGGCCUUGUACUCCUACGGACUCUAAAAGAACCCUAUUUGGUAGCAGUCCUGCCAAAGUUACCGAGGGAAGACCUCCUUCUGCGUUCAGUGGUCAAUUUCAAUAUGAGGAGUCUUCAUCACGCCCACCAUCUGGUCGCACCAGGCUUACACCCCUGGAGCGUGCGCCGGAGCUCCCCGAAGAUGCAUUUCUACCAGGUCCUCCUCCCUCUACACCUCCAGGGAAAAACAGAUGUCCAGUCAGAGCCUCUGUUACCAUUCCCCUUGAACAAGACAGUAGUGUCUCUGAAUCAUCCCAAGUGCCUGGUCUUCCGAGAAGUCCAACAAAACCAAAAAUAAGGGCUUCAAUUCUUAGUAAUGAUCUUGCCACCUCCGUUUGUCCAUCCCCUCCAACCAGGGUGUCGUCAAGUCCUGGAUCGUUCAGUUCUGUACGGCGAAAUUCUACAGGACCCCUCCCUCCCCCGCCAUCAGUUGUAAGAGCAGAUGCUCUAAGCACCAGGAGAGUUCGAAGUGGACCUAAAGAGAGGAUCUCACCUGUUGCAGUUGAUGGUUUAGUGGACAGGCAAGAAAAUGGGAAAAACAGCAGUACGAGUAGUAGCAUAAGUGAUCCAAGCUCAGGGGAAAGCUCACCAAGAAGUGAGAGCUCAAAGAAAACUAUGGAUCGGAAUGGGAGUGGGGAUAAACGGAAGAGAAGGCAGCACUUGGAUGGGGAUAAAUCCACCAAGGAUGAACUGGCUAUUUAUUAUGAUGAACAAGUCCGACCUCUGCUGCAGCAAAUGGAGGAAAAAUUUGUGCAGCGCAAUGCUUCUGAACUGUGUAGGGAUUGUCUGACGCUAUGGAACGUGCUGGAUAAGAGAGGCAUGAUUGGCAAGUCCAGCGGAAGUGCAUCUGCCCGCAGGAGGGGUGAAAUACUAAAAACUGUUUUCAAAUUCUUGGAUAUCAAUGACCCAAAAUUAAUACUGAGACUGGGAAGGCUGAUAUUAUCUAUGAAGGUAACCGGAAACAACAUCACAAAUAUUUGCAUGGUGGUUUACAGACUGGCAAAGACAGAGAAGAAUGAUCAGAUGUUCAUGGAGGAAGAUAUGCUUAAAUGCUUAGUGCAGACAUUACAAACGGCAGACAUCCUAACGUGUCGAGAUGCCUUAUUGUAUAUUAGCGGUACCCUGAAGCACCUGUCCAAUACCAACUCUGAUGCACAGAGAGAGCUCCUAUCCCUAGAUACUGUGCAGGCUUUAGCCAAAGUCCUGGAGGCUGUUUGUAAAGACAUUCCUCAGUUUAGUAAACCAGAUUUACAAAUCUCAAGCAUGUUAGUUCAGGUAACUGGAGUGGUUCGUAAUCUUGCUGAUGUGAAUGGUGCUCGUGAAAUGUACAUCGAUCAUAACUUCGUCCAGCUCUUGACGCAAAUCAUGGAGCCCUUCAGCCAGGAUGAGGAUCUCGUGUACAACAUCUCUAGGAUUUUAAGCAAAUUGACCCUGUACCAUGAGUGCUGUGUGCAGCUCUGUAGUUGUUCGACCUGCUACAAAGCCUUACUCAAAGUGCUGAGAGACCACCAGAAGAAACAGGAGAUUGUGGUUCGUGUAUGCUUUAUUUUGGGAAAUCUCACCUCCAAGAGUGAUGAGGCACGCUCUCAGCUCUUCAAUACAAAGGGCUGCCUGUCCACUCUCCUCUCUAUCCUGGUGGCAUAUUUCUCCUUGGAUGCCAAGGUCAGCAAUAAAGACAAAAGUGAGUCCCGUUCAGAGAAUAUUGAAGAUGUCCUUGUGAAGGUGAUCCGCGUUAUUGCCAACUUGUCAAUACAUUACGAGGUUGGUCAAGCCAUCGCUGAUAGUCAGCAGUGUAUCAGUGUCUUGCUUGACAUUUUAAAUGUGAAACAAGUGGAAGAUAGUGAGGAGCUUGUUCUAAACACUGUUGCCACACUCAACAAUCUGUCCUUCUACAACAACGGCACUAGCCUAAUCACCCAGAGGAAACUCCAAAUAACACAGUCCCUGAUGUCCAUGCUUCUCCCAGAAAACAUGGAUGCUAUGGUCGAGGCAUGCCGGGUAUUUGGCAACCUGUCACGUGAUCGUGAUGUCAGAAUGCUGCUUGCAGAAAACAAAGUGGAUGAGAUCUUGAUCGCUCUACUGGAUGCGGGUGAGCGUGAGACGGUAUUCACCGCGUGUGGCGUACUUAUCAACCUGAUGACCGAUGGCGUCACUAGACCCAAGCUGAAAGAGGAAGGGGGCAUCAAAAAGUUGAUUGACGUGCUGGGUGAUUUCGGCAAGAAUGAUUGGCAGCUCUCUGCGAUGGUGUGUCAGACGCUGUGGAACUACAGCGGUGAGAUAACCACGUCAUCUGCGACAUUUGGGGAAGAAGAGACGCUAGAGUUGAUAGACAUCCUCUCCGAAUAUCUCGACGAAGAGCUCGUGUUUGGCGAGACUUGUAAUCUUGAGCCCGCGCUAAUAGAAGCACUGCGAAGCACGUGGUUACAAAGCUUUUACCCCGUGGCGGAGCAUCUCCUCGAACGAAUCCAAUCACAUCACACAGACCUCGUACCCCUCGAGUCCCCAAGCUAGCCCCAUAGGGGAGGGGACGGUACCAACCAUGUGCCCCUUUGCCAAUACUCACAGGGGAGGGGAAAGCACCAACAAUGUGCCCCUUUGCCAAUACUCACAGGGGAGGGGAAAGCACCAACCUUGUGCCCCUUUGCCAAUACUCACAGGGGAGGGGAAAGCACCAGCCUUGUGCCCCUUUGCCAAUACUCACAGGGGAGGGGACAAUACCAUCCGUGUGCCCCUUUGCCAAUACUCACAGGGGAGGUGAGGGUACCACCGUGUACCCUGAAAGGUUCAUCCAAGGCCUACAGGAUGGGAGGAAACAAUGAACCUCUCCCAGAUAUAUCCAUCUAGCCCUACAGAAGAGGGGUGAGCAAUACCUGCCCAGGAAACAUCCAUCUAACCUCGCAUGACCCAGGAAACAUCCAUCUAACCUCGCAUGACCCAGGAAACAUCCAUCUAACCUCGCAUGACCCAGGAAACAUCCAUCUAACCUCGCAUGACCCAGGAAACAUCCAUCUAUCAUCGCAUGACCCAGGAAAUAUCCAUCUAACCUCGCAUGACCCAGGAAACAUCCAUCUAACCUCGCAUGACCCAGGAAACAUCCAUCUAACCUCGCAUGACCCAGGAAACAUCCAUCUAACCUCGCAUGACCCAGGAAACAUCCAUCUAACCUCGCAUGACCCAGGAAACAUCCAUCUAACAUCGCAUGACCCAGGAAAUAUCCAUCUAACCUCGCAUGACCCAGGAAACAUCCAUCUAACCUCGCAUGACCCAGGAAACAUCCAUCUUACCUCGCAUGACCCAGGAAACAUCCAUCUAACCUCGCAUGACCCAGGAAACAUCCAUCUAACCUCGCAUGACCCAGGAAACAUCCAUCUAACCUCGCAUGACCCAGGAAACAUCCAUCUAACCUCGCAUGACCCAGGAAACAUCCAUCUAACCUCGCAUGACCAAGGAAACAUCCAUCUAACCUCGCAUGAAAGGAAGGCAACAGCAGAAAAUAAUUGGGAAUUGUUAGACGUGAAAUGCACUGUGUGAUCCAUUUCAGCUGUUUUCAUACAACUCGAUUUUCACGGUCUAGCGAGGACGGCAACGUGUGCACUGAAAACCAGACCUUCAUUGCUCGCUUAAACAGAUUCUAUUGUUUUCUUACGUCACUGGCCGUCUUCUUAUCUUAAAGUGUCUCUCUAGAGCCAUUUUUUUGGCUGAGCUUUUAUACGUCUUCGUUCCCCGUCCCCCAGGUACAUAUCAUUUGUUUGUACAUACCACCAGUUUUACUCAACCCUUAUUAGGCUCAGGAAAGCCUAUCGGUGUGUCUCUGUUUUGAAGGAUUGUAAAUAAUUGAGUGAAUGAUAUGAAUGUAGCGAAUUAUUGCAAGCAAACAAAAACAGUUUAAUAAAAAGACAUAAAUGCA